AAAACAAAUAUGGGUAUCAACAAGCUCCUGAAUCUACACACAAUUCCAUGGCGUUUCCAUUUGUUGUGCAACCACAGGAGCCACCGCUUUCCACCAUCAAACUCGUCAACUCCGAUGGGGUCGUCAAGAUCUACGACCGUCCCAUCAAUGUUUCCGACCUCAUGGCCGAGUUCCCUAACCACAUGGUGUGCCGUUCCGAUUCGUUUUACAUCGGCCAGAAGGUCCCUCCUCUCUCCGUCCAUCACCAGCUCCAGCUCGGCCACGACUACUUCCUCCUCCCCAAACGGUUCUUCCAGUCGGUGCUGUCGUUCGUCUCCAUUGCCUCCUUCGCCAACGACGCUCAGUCGAGGAACGCGGUGUUGAAGAAAGCCGCCGCUUGCCAACCUUUCGUUAUCCAGAAGAGUUCGUCGGGGUGUUUGAGGAUACGCGUGUCCGGUGAGUUCAUACGGCAGUUGAUGGAAGAAGGGAGAAUGAAAGAGGAAACAGAAGAGAGAGGCGCCGGUGAGAGUAAUAAUAGAGUGUGCAGCACCCCGCAAUUACAGAAGCAAUACGCGCUGCUGGUGGGCUCGUCGCGCCAUUGGAAGCCGAAACUGGAGACGAUAAAGGAGACGGAGAAGAAGAAGAAGAAGAGGAAGAUUCCGUCGAGUUUUCAGAUGAAAAUUAGAAAGAAGAAAUCGCAGUUGAAGAACAGCAACGUAGAGGGUGGUUCUUCUCAUAGAUCUGAUCUGAUGUAAUUAGUCGUGGCAAUUU